AUGAUGCUGACGAUGGAGAUGUUCGUCUUUCUCUUGGCGAUCGCCCUGAUGCUUUACCUUUAUCCUGGAGAUUACAUGUCAUCAUCUGACACCAUCGGAGCCUUUGAACCCUUAAGCAGCACCAGCCGAUUCUCCAAUUCCGAGAACUCUAGAAGGAAAUCACAUACUCACACGUUUUUAUCAUUUCCCUCGAAACAUGUAAUUAUAGAAAAUUAUUCUACGUCGAGCAGUGGAGUCGUCUUGCCGGAAGAACAACCCUUAUCCACUGGAGCAUAUACGAGCGCAGAUGUACAUGAAGAAGAACCUAGAGCAACCACCAGUAGCCACUAUGACAGAUUCUUCAAGAAAAAAACUAAAAAAUCAAAAGAAUUAAUUAACAAUUACUUGGAUAGUAUAUUAGACAGAGACGUGCUAACGUAUUACGAACAAGAUGCUGGAAGCAUACACAGUCAGGACAUGAAUGUCGAAAAUUUCUCUGACGAGUUGUGUAUACAAACGUACGUCAUGUCCACACAUCUAAUGGUGCAUGGUGAUGAAUUCCAAAGGGAAAAUGCCUAUAUGAAUGUAUGCAGAGAUUGCCAUCAAUUUUUCGAGAAUACAAAGGAAUGCCUAGAUAAUUCGAUUAACAUGUCCAUAAAGAAUGAUAGCGAAGAGGAAACAGUAAUUAAAGUGCCCUUGUUAGGCCUGAAGUAUGAGAAAUCAGGAAAGGCAAACCAGUCCCUUGUCGUCAACUUCCCGGUGACAUAUAUCCUGUCAAGGUUAACUUCAAGCUUAGUAGACAUGGACUCAUACGAUUCAAAGAACUUAUCAUCAACCUGUGACAUCUUGCGAAAGAAAUUAGAAGGACAGAUAAAUAAAAAGUUAUCCAUGCUUCCAAACGAAAUGAGUAUUUUUUGGGACUACAUUUCAUCGUAUCGUGAUAAUUUUCAGGAUGAGAUGCGUAUUAAAGUAACGAAUAUGUCGAAGCCAAUAAACAGUUGUGAAGAGCUUUUGAAGUCUUUAAAAAAUAUGAACAGCUUAACUUACUCCUUGGUAAACAAGUCUGGCAGGAAAUACUUGGGAAACCAGAAAAAUAAAAAAAGAAUGGAAAGUUUUGUUUUCUCCAUUUUCAAUUUUAAGCAUAGAGAAUCUAAUACAAAUGUGCAGAUUAAAAGUAUAUACGAUUUUUCCUAUGCCAUUUUUGACAUUAUAGGAAGGAUUAAAAAAAUAUACAAUGAAGAAAUGAGAUUUUUUUUUUUAAAGGAUUUGGAGACCCCUGAGUUGUUCUUCUUAAGAAAUAAUUUAAACAUAAAAAACAUGUGCUCCAUAAAUAUAAUUGCAACAAUUUCUUGGUUUUUUAAUCAAGUGAAUAUGGGAAUAUACAACAAGAACAAAACGGUUUUGGAAUUAUUUACGGAAAAAUUUUCAUCUGAAAAUAUUGAAAAGAUAGUAAAAAUGAAAAAUAUCAAGAAGAAUGUGCCGAAAAAAUACAUCAUGGACUUAUGCUUUAAGACUAUGACAGAGAUGGUUGAUAUGGUUCGUUCGACCUUGCUUUCUUACCACGAGGAGAGUUUAUCAAAACAUGAUGAAGAAAUACAUGAGAAGGAAGAAGAGCCAGAUGAAUCGUCUGAUGGAGAGACAGUCAGAGCCCCAAGUCCAACUUUUUCACUAUAUGAAGACACACCCAGAACCCCAAGUUCAUCUAAUUCACCAUAUGAAGACACACCCAGAACCCCAAGUCCAUCUAAUUCACCAUAUGAAGACACACCCAGAACCCCAAGUCCAUCUAAUUCACCAUAUGAAGACACACCCAGAACCCCAAGUCCAUCUAAUUCACCAUAUGAAGACACACCCAGAACCCCAAGUCCAUCUAAUUCACCAUAUGAAGACACACCCAGAACCCCAAGUCCAACUUUUUCACCCCAUGGAAAUGACCCCCAAACAUCUACCCACAUACCAAUGUCAUAUCUACCUGCGUCAUUACCAUUCCCAGUGGGAUACGUACCCCACGCCUUCUCAUCAACCUCAUCUUUGUCCACAUCACCACCCCCACAUCGAAAUGGGGUAAACAAAAAGUUUACCUUCUCCAACAUAAUUAAAUACGCUGAGAUGUCUCUUCUAAAGCAAAAGCUAAGUGAACUUCUAAACGACACAUCAGAGCAUGCCAGAAGUUACGAAUCCCAUGAAGAUACACAGAGGUUACAGAUGAACACUUGGGCGAGGGAAAAUUUUAUUUGUUUAAUGAAAUUUUUUUCAAGUAAGAUGAAUUCUCAACUCUCUGGAUUACAAAAUUCCUUCCUACAGAAGCUUACACUGGAGAAUUAUAAAUUGUACACGAUUAUAAAUAAACCAAUUGAUGAUAGAGAUCAUAUGUACUUUUGCACGAUUCCCGGGGAGUACUUGAUUUACAAAAUAGUAUCCUCGAAGUUUUUCUUCAUGAUUAACAUUUACAAGUAA